CGGGGUCGGUCGGGUUGGGGGAGGAGAACAGAAACAGAAAGUAAAAUUCCUCCUUCAAGUCCCGAGUCACCCGAACUUCCUGCACACCCGGAUCACCCGGCCUGAGCGCGAAUGAUGGAUUGUUCCCGGAGGAUCACUCUUCCAGAAUCCACUUACUUCCAUCUUCUCGGGUGUAAGGAGGAGAUCACGGACCUCUUCCUCAGGAAGUUCCGUUGUGUGGUGGAGUUGAGCGGUCCUGAACCCAACAGAUCUCACCCGGCAUCAGUCAAGGCUGAAAAGGUUUAUGAGAAGAGAACCUCGUUGGGCCCGGUGGUCAGUGUAUGGAGGGGCGACCUCACUAGGCAGGACGCCGAUGUUGUGGUGAAUGCCGCUAAUGAAGACCUGGAUCAUGCCGGGGGGUUGGCCCGUGCUUUGGUGGAAGCCGGAGGACCAAUCAUUGAAAAGGACAGCAAAGAUUACAUUAAGGCCAAUGGAAGGAUAAAAACCGGAGAGUACGCAGUCACACGUCCCGGAAAUCUCCCCUGUAAGUGUCUCCUUCAUGUUGUAGGUCCGGUGUGGUUCCAAGAAGCUGCCAAGAGAUGUGAUGAUGAGCUUAGCGAAAGCAUCAAGAAUGUGCUGAGAUAUGUGGAUCAGCACAAGGACAUCAAAUCUGUGGCCAUCCCAGCGGUGAGCUCCGGGAUCUUCGGGUUUCCUGUCCAACGCUGUGCAGAUAUUAUCGUGAAUAUGAUUCACUCAUUCUGCUUCACUGUGAAAGAGACCCAUGUAAAGGAAAUCCGACUGGUGAACAACAAUGACCCGGCUAUCCAAGCCAUGAAGUCGGCCUGUGAAAGCUCUUUUGGACCAAGUGAUGUCCUUGGUGGAGCCACAUCAGGUCCUGCCUAUCAAACGGGGCCAACGACCCGCAGCAUGACCGUUAAAUCCCAACCCUCACCAACAACGUCCAGCAACAAAAACACUCAUGGGCAGCCCUCAGCACGUGGGUCCUCUACAGAGAUGUCACAGUCCAUGACCAUCAAUGGAUUAACACUUCACCUGAUACAUGGGCUGAUAGAGGAACAGAAGACACAGAUUAUCGUGAACUCCAUCUCCUCUGAUCUGAACCUGUAUUAUGGAGUGAUUUCAAGAGCAAUUGUCUACAAGGCCGGGUAUUAUCUGCAGGAUGAAAUCAGAGGAAAGAGCAGUUACCUCCGUACCACAAAUCCCAACGCCAAUAUUACCAUGAUCCCCACCCGGGGCUUCAGCCUGCCCUGCAAGUUUGUCUACCAUGUCAUUUUACCGCUUUCCGAUUCAGGAAGCCGUCCGCAUGCUCUGCAGGUUUUAUCCCAUGUGACCAACGAAUGUCUACAAACCGCACAUCGAUAUAAAAGUCCCUCCAUUUCUUUUCCCGCGUUGGGGACGGGAAGUAUUGGUCUCCCCAAAGAAAAUGUGUCUAAAGCCAUGACGGAGACGGUGCUAAACUUCGCCAAAGUGAACCAGUGCCAGCUGGACGUGUAUUUUGUCAUUCACCCUAAUGACAAGGUCACCUACCAGGCUUUUCGGUAUCAAAUGGACUUGUAUCGCACCAUCAUGAAUACUGGAGGCACUACAGAGCGGAGAGAUCCAGGAGCUGAUAUCAGUGACAAGUCUUCGAAUUCACGUGAUUCAGAAACCCCACAUUUGAUCAUUAAUGCAGCCAGUGAUGAAGAUGCUGAGGAGGCCGAGGUCUGGCUGAAGAACGUUCUCCACACUCACCCCGUCUCCAUACACAAUAACCUCGUCCUUCUGUUUGGACAAGAGGAACACGAUUUUCUCUCAUCUCCCGAUUUCCCGGAUGUCUUCAUUGAGGAGAAGCUGAGUAACGGGAAGUCUCUUCUAGAGAUCGAUGGUCGCCCCCAGGAAAAGGUCAAAGGAGUCGUUGAGGCGGAGCGACUUCUCUUAGAUGUACAGGAGAAGCACGCUGUGACGCUGGAGGAGGAGCUUUUGGAGGAGGCUGUGGUUUGGCUCUAUGAAAACGAUUGCGGAGCCCAGAAAUAUCCACCCAAAGCCAACCGAGAGAUAGAGAAAGCCUUUGUGACCCAGAGUGACAUCACACUGAAAUCAGAGCCCCAUCAUGUGAUCUUUAUGAAGAACCAAAAGGCGGAGGGGAAGGACGGAGCAGUUCAGCUGGUGAGGCGGACUUUGUUGAACAGUUCCAAGGAUGUCCAGAAGAGGCGCCAUCCUGACGAUUGGAUCUCGCAGGUCACUCCAGUGGAUUCAGACAGUCAGGAAUUCCAGGACCUAGUCAAUAAAUUUAAAAGAGAAAAGCUUACACUGGUCAAGAUGGAGAAGAUCCAAAACCGAUAUCUGUCAGAAAUCUUCCAGUACAAGAAGGGGGCAAAACCAUCCAAGAAAACCGGCCAGUUAUAUCAGGUGGUCCCCAAACAGUUCACACGGCUCGUCUGUGAUGUCGGAUUUCAGAGGAUUUUCACCAAUCCUAUAGAUCCAAAGUACGGGAAGGGGAUCUACUUCACCAACAGUCCCAGGAGGGCUCUAGAAGUUUUCCAGACCCCGAAAGAUGAAGGCCUCAUCUACAUCUUCCAGGCUGAAGUUCUGACCGACAACUCUACUGAAGGCAGCAAAGACGCUCCAGUUCUCAAAUCCAAACCUGACGACAUUAUGAAUUUGUGUGAUAGUUUGAUAAAUUCCACCAUAUCAAUUUCUAUCUAUGUCAUACCUGACAGCUUUCAAGCAAAUCCGCUGUGUCUGUUCACCUGCAGGCGGCAAGGAUCGGGUUCUACCCGCGUCUAAUACAUAGUGAGAGUAUCAGAAUCAGCCCCAGUAUUGUCCCUUAGACCUCUUUCACAUUGAGGCGUGGAG